AUGGGUCAAUGGUCAUUAACAUGCAUGAUGAUGAACCAAAAAAACAAGAAACCAACUCUAUUAAAGGCAAAAGGAACAACAUUGGCCACAAGAUCACAUAAUCUUCAUGUUCUAAACGAAUAUACCCUCAAAAUCCAAAAUUAUAAUCUCAAAAUCCAAAAUCAUAUAAAGGGUGGGACAAGAUCUAUCUUCAUGGUUCCCAGCAUCUCCUCUUUCAACAUAGUGAUUUCUCUGACCACCCAAAGGAGCCUUCAGUUGGAAUGGCCACGGAAAGUUGCUAGCCUCCCUAAAGUGCAGUCCCACAGUCAUGAUCUCGUGAAUAAGAUCCUCCACACAGUGAUGCUAUGUUUGCCAAGUGUUUGA